CGUGAACCGUUACGUUGUCCGGCGUGUCGACGUCCCGUCAGUUCGGAUUGUUGGCGCGAGUAAAUAACUGGCUUCAACGGGAUGCUAACUAAAAGGAAAUUCUGAAUACAAUUUACUAGCCAUAGAGCUGUGAUUCAACAUGUUAAAUGGUAGCCAGUUUGUGGAGGCCGUGGGCCGUCUAGGUUUUCCUGCUGCGUCGUCACUGAAGGCCUCUGACUUCGACUGGCUGUUUUGCGCCCCGGAGAACCUUCACUUCUUGCGCUUUGUCUGUCGGACCCUCAACCAGAGCAAUGUUCUCACAGCAGAGGAGGCACACGCUAUCCAGGAGCUGCGGAAGUCUGGCAAGCCAUUUUUGGAUGAAGCAGCCUUGGGCGAAGUCCUUAAAACCAUUGGACCUUCGGAUGGGAGCAGCGCAAACAUCUUAGGGCCCUCUUCUUCAUCCUCUGUGUUUGCAGCUGAGGGUGAUGUGGCUAUAGAGGAUUUGGAGGCAGAGCUCCAGGCGCUGCGUAAAGAGAAAGAACUGAAGCAACGGCGGUACAACCGGCUGCAGCUUGUGGCCACCUCCCGUGCAGAUGUUGACCUUCGUCUUUCUGCUGAGCUGGAGAGUGCUGCCUGUAAACUAAAGGAGGCCAGUGCUUCCAUUGGAGCUGAGAAUGCUGACACCAAUGCCCUACUACAAAACCUAACAGACGAGGUUACAAAGCUUGCGUCAUAUCUCCCGGUUCAGCCGGCAACACAAAAAGAAUCAACGUCCUCAUCAAACACUUCCAAGAGCCCCACUGUCCUCCUCUCCCAGCUGCCCCUAGAUCCCUACCUGCACCAGGAGGAGCUCAACACUAAAACACUCUCUGCCUUCACUCAGAAGCAAUUCUUCCAGGGCAUCUCUGACAUUGUGGAGACUUCUUGCUCUGAGCGCUUCCAGGUUCUUGACCUCAGUUCUUGUGAAGAUGGAGAAGACGAAGAGAAGGAGCACAAGGGGAAGGAGAUGGAGGAGCGAGUGGUGGAGCGCAGGAGGACGGAGAUGGCCAGACUUCAGUGGGCUCAUAUUGUGGCCCAGCACCAACUGAUGCAGGCCACGGCAGAGGAGAAGAGUGUCAAGGCUGGCCUAGAAUGGCUUUCUGAGAAGUCCACUCACACCAAGAGUAUUUCCAGUUCCUCCUCCCUGCAUGUCCGCGAGGUCGUGUCCAGGAAGGAGCUGCAGGCGGUGGAGGCGGAGUUGGAGGCUCUGCUCCAAGGACCAGUACCUGCUGCCCUCAGAGAGUCAGCCAGGCUGCUUAAUGUGCCGGUGGUGAGGGGAGACCUGGCUCUGCAACUCGCCCGGCAGGACUACUACACAUCCAGACAGGAUCAGGUACGAGACUAUCUGCUCCGCCAGAAGGCGUCCUUUGACCUGGUGCGCCUGGGUCAGGAGAUGGAGUUGAGGAGGUGGAGGACCGGUCUUACGCAGCUGGGAGAAAUAAACAGCAGAUUGGUAACGGAAGGUGAAGCGACAACCCUCAGAAUUGAGUCCCUGGCCCACCCUGACCUGGCUAUUAACCCCCGGCCCAACCCCAUCAUCAGCUGCAAGGAUGCAGCCUUCAGCAGGCUGCUCCAGAUCCUUGACCAUGAUUCAGAGCACGGUCGAUCGAAGCCUUUCCGGACAUAUGAAGCAUUGGACCACUCUGCUCGUGGCCUCGCGGGCAACCUCCAAGUGACCCGAGACGCUCUAGCUGGCGCCGGUCGUGAGCAGUACUACACGGCAGCUCGUCUCUAUGGCGACUGUGAGGCGCUCCACAGUGCCAUGUACACAGAACUCCAGCAGCUGCUCUUAAGGCCACAGGUACGUCCUAGGGCCACUGACCAAGAGCUGCUCUGUCCCAAUGCACAGGAGCUGACCGUGCAGCUUGUGGAAGCCGAGUCUCAGCUGCAUAGUUUGCAGCAUUUAAUGCAAGAAAUCAUGGGGGAGGCUAAAGCCAAGCGCUCUCAGCUGGAGCGCAACGCCCUCCUCAGGCGAGAGAGGCAGUUGUACAUCUACUUCCACUUGGAUCAGCAACUGCUGCAGAAAGGAGUGGAAGAACUGGAGGGCAAAAUGGCUGCGAAGAGAGGGCGACAGUAGAGCCUAUGCUAAGGAGUCAAGCUGCGUUAUGAAGCUUGAAGAUACUGUUCAACCGCUUUGGAGCCCCGUGCACUCAAAAUAUGCACCUUCACUUGGAAGUGGAAGAGACGAAGAUCAGUCCUUUGAGUCUUUAUUUUUGGGACAAAACCCAACUUGGGAAAUGUUUAGAUAUAUAUGAGCAGUGCUGCUGACAAUGAGAUUCAUUUGAAUGUUUGUCUUACAAACUGUUUAUGUAAAAUAAUCGUAUGAUUUGUCGGAUGUUUUAAAACUGCUUUUUUGCCAUAAAUAAAGUAAAAUGUUAUCUUUU